CGACGGCCUUUGGGGAUGUGGCGCGGGUACUUUCCGCUGCCCCCUCGGCCCUGGCAGUGCCCUUCGUGAAGACGCUCGCGGAGCGGAACCACGGGGUCGAGUUGGCCGACAACACCGUGACGAAUGUGUUGUGGAAACUCGGCCACUACGUUGGCAUCGGUCGGGACGUUGACUCUGACUUCAACAACCCGCGCCUCAAGGACCUGCAGAAGCUUGCGCCGUCGGCCCCCACCAUUCAGGUGCAUUCCAAUCACGGGGUUUGCCCCCACUGCCGCCAUGCGGAGCUCCAGCGCUGCAGCCCGAAGACAAGCAGCCGCGUGCCGUUCAACAUCAAACGGCGCAACGGCGUUGGGAUGAUUCUGGAAACCCGGCACCGCGUCUACACCAUGGGCGUUGGGAUCCAGAAUGCCUCGUUCUCGGAGGAGUACUGUCCCAAGUGCUCCUUGUACUUUCUCGGGCAAUGGCAACACGAGAAGCACGACCGAAGUUCUGGGCGAGGGACUUAUGGGAGGAUGACAAACAUCAAGCUCGUCGCGGGGAUCAGCCCCCUCAAGUAUGUCGUCGUCCCACGGGACAGAGCUUGGUACGCCGUGGACGCGAAGCUCCUGCAAUUCCUCACGGACGAACUGCACCACAGCGGGGGGACUUUCAAUUCUGCAGUUUUGGUAUGGAGCGAGCAACACACUGAGAUUGCACAGCGGGGGUUGAUUCCCGGCGAAGACUUGACGCUGCUACGCGCCAAUGGCGUUCGCUUGGAGGACGCGUGGUGCGGGCACCACGCUGUCCGCCUUGCCAACUGCGCCGCGUCCGAUGUCAAGUGGUCUUUCACCCGGUGCGGCUUGGAGUCGACGUUGCUCGCCCUCGCGCCCGCCGUGCGCCGCGCCCACCUUCAGCGCGCUGUUGACCGCGCCCGUGGAUGCCCGAAGUGCGCGGGUGAGCUCCUUGUCCUACUUGGCGGGAAGUGCGGGGCGCGUCGUUUCAUCUGCGGCGGGUUAGACGGUUACGAAAGCAUGGGCACGCUGCAGAUGGAUCUCUACACAGGGUGUUUGCAAAAUGCCCCCGCGGGGCGGUUCUUCUGCGCUCAGUGCCAGACGCGGCGCGCUGGGCAGAACAAUCUCGCCCCGCAGACGCAGAUUCUGGGCGUCGCGCCCGCGGAAGCCCACGCCUGCGAAGGGUCUUCGCUCAAGUACUUGGUGCGCUGUUCGGACCCGGGCAGCCCGAGCGAGUCUUUCGAUGCCUUUUUGCCGUGGGCGGAGGUACCCCCCGAGCUGCUGGCGGCCUACGAGAAGUCCUUGCUUCCAGCACUUGGGGGCCACGGGAACCAGAAGGCGCGGCCUGCGUGGCUCAAAGGCCAUCGGCAGGUCACGCGGUGGCUGAAGGGGCAGAUGCAGGCGUGCCAGGGGGGCGCGCGCUCUGACGCCAGUGCCGCCCCUCGCGCCAGGGGCGCCGGCGCCGGCGCGGCCGGAAGGGGCCGGGGCGGCGCCGGGGGGCGCCGCGGCCGCGGUCGCGCCUCCGCGACGCCGGCCCGCUCCCGCCGACCAGGAGCCGCAGGGCGACCCGGGAAAAGGGCGGCGACCGCGCCGAGGCGAGCCGGCCGCGUCGGCCCCGCGGCCGCCCGCUCCACCGCGGCGCAAACGGCGAGCAGCUCCGCGGGCGGCGGCGACAAUGCUGCAGGCGCCUCCGCGGCGACGGCCCGCCCCCGCCGACCGGGAGCCGCGGGGCUGCCCGGGAAGCGGGCGGCGCCCGCGCCGAAGCGAGCCGGCCGCGUCGGCCCCGCGGCCGCCCGCCCCACCGCGGCGCAGACGGCGAGCAGCUCCGCGGGCGGCGGCGGCGAUGCUGCAGGUACGGAGCGCAAGCAGUGCCGCGGCUGGCUUGCGCUGAACGCGCAACAGGAGCAGUCCAUCUUGGCAUGCGGCGUCGAUAAGCUCCAGGAUUCUGACAAGAUCAGGAGAUGCACUGGCGGCAUUGUGACAGCCGUCGCGUCUUGCGGCUGGCUCAUGGAUUGGAUGGAGCUGACCCGCGGCGAGUCCAUCGAGGCGGUGUACGCUUUCGCUUUGCGGCUCCACAAGUUGCGCUUUACUAUCCAAGGUUGCCCUUAUCCCUCCGCGGAGCUCGCGCUCGUUUUCGCGGGCCGCUCGAUCGCGCGCGAGGACGCCCAGGACCUCGGCUGCGUCAUUGGGUGGCUCGGCUAUGACAACGCCUGCAAGUUGCUUUCCAUGGCGCGCGUCAAGAAGGAUGACUGCCUGCCGUGGACCAAAUCGCUGGCCGAGGAAGUGCGCAUUGUCCUGGACGGCUUCCACCGGGACAACCACACGUGGUGCCUCAAUGCGCUCCCGGAAGUGGACCCGCUGCAGCCGGUGAACGCAAAGUUCCUGGAGUCCAAGAACACGGAGGCUUGCGAGCAGCUCAACGCGUGGAUCAGCCCCAGGACGCGAGUGUGCCUCGAGAUGGCGAGGGCGCAUUUCCAGCUCCACUGGUGGAUAUCAUGGCUGAUUCGCCGAUUCCGACGGGACCCAUGGCUCUCGCUAGGCGACCGCCUGUGA